UAGAUCGACUCUACCAGGGAGAGACUGGCAGCUCGAAACAGAACGCCUUUCUGCACAGAUCGACAGAUCACACUGACUUGGCGAAUGUAGGUCGAACGGUCGCCAUACUGAAAAUAGGGAUUCGAGGGAUCUCCUACCAUGGCCAUGAAUAUGGAAGGAGAUGAAUUAGGCCCCGUGAAUUUAGACUGCCCUUUCCUCAGUCGAACAAAACGCCUGGGACUUCGACUCAACGAUGGAGGCUACACCUACUUCAGAGAGCGCUGUCGCGGGGACGUCACAUACUGGCGAUGUACGAACAAAAGGUGUAAGGGCCGAAUCGUACAGAAAUGGCAGAGUGUGACUCGGACACAGGGACAUCGCCAUACACCGUCGGGUCUUCCCUGUGAUCCUUCAGAUUCGUUCGUAGCCAAUGUUAGGCUGUCUGGCCAUCCCAACAACAAGACGCUACUCCGGAUGGAGUCUCCAGACAUCAGCAGUGUCAUGUGCGAUGAUGCCCCCUCUCCCCCAGGAAUGAACUACCCUGUCCCAAUGCUGGUGUGGGAGAAGGGGGAGGACGUGGUGGAGAACGAGGACGUGGUGGAGGUGGUCGAGGAAGAACAGAUCGAUGUGAAACCAGACAUCCACGAACUGGAGAGAUCACUCAUUCAGCCAUCAGAUGAUAGAGGGGUGAGCGCAGACCCUGACAACAUGUUGGCCGAGAACAUCUGGCUGAAGAUGAAGGUGCAGAAGCUGGAGAUGGAGCUGCAGAGAUACAAGGACACUGUCAGCAGGAUCCGAGCCGAUCUCGAUAUACUCAACAUGGUGUAACGGUGUGGCACCCGCUUGUCGGCUGAUACAUGUACAAGGCAGUGGCAGCCUUGUUUGAUUGUGACUGUCGGAUCAGUUGAAAUCAAACCGCAAUGUACUCAACAGAGUGUGACAAAAUGUCACUUGGCCUUUCUGUUGACACAAGGCAAUGGCAGCCUUGUUUGAUGGGUGUUAUAUGACUGUCAGAUCAGAUCAAACCUCAAUAUAUUCAACAAGGAGUCACCCAAGACAUUUAUUGACACAAGGCAAUGACAGACUGGUCUGAUUUGAUAUGUUUGUUAUAUGAUGGCAGCCUGUAAAAAGGCUGGACCAGACAAUCCAGUGAUCAAUAUUGUGAACAGCAAUUCCAUGACAUGCAAUCAACAGUCACCGAAUCUGACAGUCCCUAUUCAUAGGGUCGCAUUUUACAACCUGCCGAGUUUGCUGGGGACUAAUUCUAACCUGGAAUCCCCACGGGGUAGUAUGACAGUGAGAUGGUGGGCCAAUAUGCUGGAACAUGGUUCUCUGCUACUAUAUACAUUGGUUGUGUUAUACACAUACUGUGCAUAAUGUCAUCAACACUGAAUGUGAGAGAGCAUAACAAGAGAUGGGUUAUGACCAGUGUUAGACCAGGCUGCCACCAGGACCCAGGGGCUGUAGAAGCUGCAGGCCCUGACUAAACCCUUCUUGCCCUUAUAUAAAAAAACUGCAUCUGACAAAAAAAAUAGAAAAAUAAAUUUACUGUAGACCAUAAGGACCUAUACAACUUUGAAACUACGGGCCCAACACAAGAUCCACCUGCCACGGGCAUACGGGCAGGCACUUAUUUCGAACACUGGUUAUAACUGAGAUUAUCUCCCUUCAACUAGGUGCAAGUACAAUUGACCAACUACACAUGUAGAAGAACUACAAAUCAGUGCUUCCUUGUUCGAUAACAUGAUCAUCUGUUGAAAAUGCAUCUUUAUUGCAUCUAUGGGAAUAAAACAUUCUUUUUUGUCAAA